AUGGGUGGUUUGAUAACUUGGAGCGAUUAUCAAUACAUUGCACGAUUCUUCUAUAGGAAUGAAAUUGCUUUCAACAUUGCGCUCUGUAAAAGCUUCAAGAUGAUGAUGAAGUUGUUGGAAAUUAUGUGCAAUAUGCUUAUUCUUCUUUGCAUUCUGCUUAUCAUAGUUAAUGGCCCUACUCUCUGCAUUGGGAAUAAUGUUGAGGACAAAAUUUUGAAAGUUGGAGAAGAGCUGUGGAAAGAAACUAUGCCAUUACAAGGUGGCUCUUGCUUUUAUCAAUUGCAGGGUCUGAAACCCCACACGUGGUAUGAAGUGAAGAUAUCAUAUCCAGCUUCUAUACCUGCUAGCUUUUCCAUACAACUGAAGAGAAACAAGUCGGAUGUAGUGCUGAACAAUAACAGGAGAUUGCUCAACACUGAAAAGCUAAUUUUUAAGACCAGCGAGAAUCAGGAGGAAUUCCCGUUAGUAUUAGUUACUGUGGAGCCAGAAGGGUUUGCUGCAAAACCGCACGUACCAGAGAGGCAAUUUAUUAUCUUCAAUAUCGUAUGUGAUGAACUAUUAUUUGGCAUACCCCACGAAGCUUGGUGGGUGGUGGCACUGGCUGUGCUUGGUCUUGGAAUGGCAUUCAUCGUGCCUUAUUUUCUUCCAUUGUAUUUGCUACCAAAGAACAACGUCCCAAGGACAGAUGAUCAUGUCUCAAAAACUUCUUGA